CUUUAACUGAUAACUAUAACUUAUAAUUGUUAUUACUGUUAAAAUCUGUGUCUUAAAAAAAUUCUGUACUGAUUUUAUGGUAUAUUUUUAUAGCAUUUAUAUUUACAGCUUCUGAAUAUGUUGUCCAAAAAUUUUUUAGAUAUCGACGAGUCGAUUAUGGAAAAAAAUCUUUUGAUUCAAAAUAAUGAGGAACAAGAAUUUAAAGAAUUUGUAACAGGUUUUCUUAAUCCCGAUGCUGGAAAAAUUAUCAAACCAGCUCCAGGAAUUUGUAUCAAAAUAAUUAAAACUGAUGAUAAGUCCAAAGUUUUUAUAAAUCUCUGUCAUCACACUGAUAUUCCACAACCGGAUGAAAUAACUCGUGAUGAAUUAAUCCAAGCUCUUGAGUCUCAAGAUCCAGAAAAAUUCUUUGUUCCAUUAAGUAUUGGGACAGAACAUGAAGAAAAUGAUAAAUCUGGUGCAAAAGUUAAAGUUUACGAUGUGGCAGUGAAUUCUAAAUUUUUUGAUCAGUGUCUAAAUGAUGAACUAUUUCAGACAUUUAUUAUAUCGUUAACGAUUGAAGGUGUUGCAGAAAAGUUCAAAAUUAAAAUAAGCUCUGAAAAUCCAAUUGUAUUAAAGAACAGGAAAUGUCUUGGGUCAUUGCAGCAACAUAGAAUACAACAAAGGCCUCCUAGGCCAUCAAUAUUAAAAAAAAAACCUUUGAUCGAAGAGUUAAAUUGUAAAGGAUCACCUCAAUUAGAGAAAUAUGUCAUACCAGAAUACAGAAUUUAUAUACAGCCAGAGCACAAUCCAAAAAAAUUGAUAUUAGAUGUUUGGUUACCAGAAGUGAAUAAUUCACAAGAAAUUGAUUUAAAAUGCGGAGAAGAUUGUUUAUUAUUAACUACUUUAAAACGAAUAAAAUAUGAGUUGGAUAUUUUUUUACCAUACACAAUUAAUCAACAAAAUGUUUAUUCAACUUUUAAUACUGUAACCAAAUUCUUAUCUGUCACGUCAUCCAUUACUUCUCUCCAAUGAAUUACCAGUGCAAGUGGUAAUUAGUAGAUUAUUUUUUUGAAAAGAAGAUUAUAAUGUUUAUA